AUGGCAGACCAGCCAGAACACCCCUUCGGUGAGCUCGGCAGAAGAAUCGACCGUGCCUUAGAAGACCCUGCGGUCAUGGACGAGCUCCUGAACGACAUCAGAAAUGAAGGUGUGCUUUUGUAUAACCAGCUUUCUCGCAGCUUUCGGCGGCUACGCAGAAGCAUGAACAAGACGCUCGUGGAGCUGGGACAGCGCCUGGAUGAAACGGGGUCGGUUGUUUUGAGCAAGGCCCGUUCCUUCUUCAACGAUUGCCUCGUCAUCGAAGGGCCAGAAACUCCCACUCUGCCCCACACCACUUGGGUGGUGGUCACUGGUGGAGGCGUCUCCGACCCGGACAACGAUGCCGGUCUUUCGACCGGCGUCGAGAUGCAGCUCGUCCACCCGCGGCCGCAACACCCCGUCGAUAUGAACCAAUUCGAGUCCAUGUCGGUCAGCUGGCACAUGCCGCCUCCGCCGAGUGUCGAUGCCACAGUCGACCACCCGGACACCGACGUCGAAAACGGCCCCACCAGCCAGUGCUUUGACUCCGACAGCACGACGCUGAACACUCCCGACGGUGCCGACGGCGACGAUGAAGACGCCAUGGCGUGGCUCUGGCCUACGGAUGCUGCGUCCCUGGCCCCCGGCUCGUCCUCCGUCGGGUGGCCCGACGCGUGGUCAGCCGAGGGCCCGGCUAUGUCGCCCACGCUGGUCGACGCUGCCGCGUCCCCAGAACUGCCGAUGCCAGUCGCGUCGCCGACGACGUCGGAGGACGAGCUGGUCAUUGUCUCGUCGACGUCGUCGUCCUCAUCGUCUUCAUCGGGUAUCUUGGUCGACUCGGAGGAUGGUGAUUCCGAUGACUCCGAACACUACUAUCCGAUCUAA